GAUUGCAGGGAAAACACCUCGAGAUCCCCAAAAAAUUCUAAAACGAAUGCACGAAAAACGAAUGAGGGAAAUCGAAGACAAAAGGGCACAUAAGCAAUUAUUAAACCAAGUCCAUGAGGAAUUGUUGAAAAUCUUCAAUGCUAAACGAAAAGAACAAGAAAAGAGAGACCCACAGAAAAUAUUGAAAUACAGACAUAAGAUACUUAUGAAGAAUAUAGAGACGAAACAACAUACUAAUUCACUGAUCCCGGGUGCACACAGACACAUACUGGAAAGGAUUGAGGCAAAGAAAAUCCACACAGGUCUGCUGAAAAAUGUCCACAUUGAACUAAUGAAUUUGGUGAAAAUGGAAGAAAAGACAACAGAAAAGAGAACAGUUUCAAGUACAUUAAAGGUUUUGGCAGACACAGGAAGACAAUUAAUUGACAGGAUUUUGAAGUGUUUCCAAUGGUUUUAAAUCAAACAAAAGUGUUGCACCCAUGGACGAUUUUUUUUUCAUUGAACUUAAUACUUUUUUAGAUUAAACGUAAUUAACCUUU